AUGGCGUCAACAGGUCCUCCUAGUCAAGCGAAUGCUUCAGAGAUUCCAGUUCCUGGAAUCAACGAGAGCGAUGAUGACCUGGAAGUGUUGACAGCAGAGUCGGAUCGUUGGCUUGUGAUACACGGUCGGUCGAAGCUUGUGCGUGUCGUUGGUGUUGAGAGAAAAGGUGUUGUGGUGCCAGUCGAGGAUACAUUGCCAGUAUGCGUGGAUGAUCUUGAGGACGAGUGUGUCUUGAUUGGUUUUGACCGAUUGGGAAACAAAGUCUUCAAGGAGUACAACUGGAGGAAACCAGAGACUCAUGACCUGAUUGUGCGAGGUGGGUUCUGGACAGGACGAGUUGAGUUUUGCUUGAAGGAUGGAUGGAAGGACAAAGUGGUUAAGGAACAGGAGUGCUACGAGGUGAACAUCAAGAAAGGCAGGAAGGAGCUAAAUGAUCACGAGGUACCACCUGAACGACGCAAUGGUCUUGCAAAGGCGAAGGUCAAAGAAUGGGCAAAGUUGGUUGACAGUGGAGCCAUUAAAGUUCACACGGGCAAUGCUGCAAAACGCAUCAAGGACUUAAAGGCUCGCUGGUGUGUGCGUGGCUAUCUUGAUCCAGACCUGUUGCAGCUUGACACUGCAGUGCAUUCUUGCGUGGUGAUGCACUUGACCCACAACGAGGACGCAUCUUCAUUGACAUGCCGCCUGGAGGAGUUCCUGGAGUACAAGAAGGCGUGGUGGCAGUGCUUUUCCAAGAAGUUGUGUUCACUGGGCAUGCGUGUGUCGAAGUUUGAUCCUUGUGUCUUCUACUACUACUCAAACAAGCAGAUUGCAGGAGUCAUCGCUCUACAUGUAGAUGAUCUAUGUACGGGAGGCAACGAGGACUUCCAGAAGAACGUCUUACAACCACUAAGGUCCAUGUUUCCUUUCAAGCACUGGAAGGUCGGUGCUGGCGAGUUUCUUGGAAAGCAGCUUGAGCAGAAGCCGGAUGGUAGCAUUGUCAUAAGCCAGGGUGAGUAUGCUCGUCAGGUCAAAGGCAUUGACAUGUGCAGAGAACGAAGAAGAGAGAAGAGCGAACCGGUGACAGAAGACGAGAGACGGCAGUUGCGUGGUGUGCUGGGGGGAAUCAACUGGCUUGUUACCAGUAGUCGUCCGGACCUUGCUGCUUGGUGCUCGUUGAUGCAACAGCGAGUUAGCGAGGCGACUGUCAAUGAUCUUAUUGAGACUAACAAGCUGGUGAGUUUGUGUCAUGACAAUAGUCAAGCACAUGUGUGGAUCCGCAGCAUUCCUUUGCAAGAUGUGCAGUUCGCAAUGCUGUCUGAUGCUUCCUGGGCUAAUGCACAAGGUUGUUGCAGUCAAGCUGGCUACCUGAUCGCUGCGUGUGACAAGCAGCUACCACAAGGUUCUUGGGGAGUCUUUUCAGUGUUGCGCUGGAGAAGUUACAAACAAGAUAGGCAGACGCACUCAACGUUGGGUGCAGAACUGCUGGCGCUAUCACGUGGACUCUCUGAAGCUCGAUGGAUGCGCUCAAUGUGGUGUGAAGCAGUAAAUCAUGGCUAUGAACUCAGACAAGAUCGGACAUGGAGCUGCCGAGUUCCGAUCACAGCAGUGAUCGACUGCAAGCCUGUGUUUGAUCACGUUGAGGGGCCAAUGAUCUCCGUGAAGGACAAGCGUGUGGCCAUCGAAAUGAUGCUGGUGAAGGAGGACAUUGCGGCUUACAACAUAUCCCUGCGAUGGAUGGCGACGAAACAGAUGAUAGUUGACGUACUCACUAAACGUGGCGCGCCAAUGGUUCUCUUCCGUAAGGUUCUUCAAAGGGGUGAGUUCGUGCUGACUGAAGAUGAAGAAAUAGCAGAAGCUUUCGCUGUCGGCAUUGUCUUUAUCAAGGUCCCCUUAGCUACCUCAGACUCUCAUGAGUGCGGCCAUGGAAAAGUGAAGGUCCUACGCGACUGGAUGCUUAUUUGGCUAUGGAUGGGCGUCCUGUCAGUCAUUGGCAGAGCAAUGCUGGUAGCAUAUUUCAAUCGGGGCACGGCCUUGGGGUUUGAAGAUCUCAAAGCCGUUGGACUGCUUGCAGCCCCAGUAUUUUAUAUAAAGCGUUCCAUUGCCGACAUGCUGGCUUUGGAGAAUAUGGCAAUGAAGCGUGAAUGCAAGAUCUGCUUGGAGGGCAUCUCUGAUAAGGGCUUUGUUCAGGUUGGAGAUGAUAAGGGCCUAGCCCCAAUGAAGGAGUCUGCCUUUGUCGCUCUGGCCCGUCAUCGCAAGGAGAUUCAAGUUGAGAGCCAGUAUGCGGCUGGUGAUAGCGAGCAUGCGCUCAACACCGGCGACAUGCGGUGGAUUGGCUUUAUUGCGCGUGGGGUGCGAGGCCGCCAGAACAGACUCUUGCCAAUGCUUCUUGGGCCAGCACUUGUGGGUUCCCUGCUGGCGCUUGCCACCAUUAACCUUGCGGUGAUAUUCGUCAACAUGACGUCCAGUCCACGUUUGGCAGGCCUUCUCACACAUGCACCAGUUUGGCCAACCUUCAAUCCGAACACAAAGGAGUACAUGACUGUGGCGCAUGCUUCUGAAAGCAUAUAUGGAGUCACAGCAGUGGUGAACCCACUUGAGACGACUGGUGUCAGCGUGCAAGCGGUUGGUAAGCCGUUGUUGAAUAGCACUUCCGCUGUCAUUGUAGAAAGCCUGAGCCUUGCUGAGCCAGUUUAUCCACAGGAAGUAAGCAUCGAAGUGGAGGACACAGUUGCCACAGCUUCUUACAGGCUUCAAGUAUUCAGGUGGGCUGUGUUCCCCGAGUCAAUAAUCAUCUCUGGAGACGUCCGGGGCAGGCAAUUCUCUCAGUGCAUUCCCUGGGGAUAUCUGUACCAUAACAACACGGUUCACUUGCCCAAGGGCCUGGCCACCAUGCAUGUCAGACUUAUCUACAGCCACUAUGAGAUGAGCUUUCCGAAGAGGAGAUCCCACAACGCGUUUUCAACUCGUUUUGAUGCGACGCUUCCUCGCGAGGAGUGUGGCAAGUAUGGCAUAAGUCUGUGGGAGCAAGCAACAAUGUGGCAGUACACGGGGCAUGGCUGCAUGUACGGUCUGCAGCCGCGCUGGUCAAACUGUGGGCAGACACACCGCAGUAGAACUGAAAGAUAUUUGCAAUAUUACGAUGCCAACAUCUCAGGGAGCUUGUGUAUUGUUACCGGUGCCCGAAGUGACUGCCACACGAUGCUCAAGUCAUCUGCGAGCCUGGUGAUCAGUACUCCUGAUAUCCUACCUGAAAGUGCGAAAGACACUCACUUCUGGUUCGAUGUGCCUUUGACUCUGCAGUCUGGGAUUGUGGACGUGCUGGGCGCUCACAGCUUGUAUCAGCCAGCGGAUGGCUUUACCUUCACCCUACGUAAAAGGACUCUGGCAAGCAUUUUCCGCGUUGUCCUAGCGUUCGCUCACGGUAUUGAGGUGCACAGAGAGGGUUGGAAUCUGACUGUCGCAGACUCUGCGGCGUUGGCAAAUGCGACCCUCAUGAACGUGACCAUUUUGUCUGAGGAUGUGGAUUGCUAUAUGAAAAGUCUUUCUUUGAAGAAUGGCACGCGGCUGAACCGCACCUUGACGAGUACCAGAGUGUGUGAACAGGAUCCCAUGGCGGAUGAAUGCCAAGAUGGCUGGAAACCUAGUUCCAGUUUUACUUUGCCAUUGGUAUUCCUCAAAGAGCAUAGCCUGGCAUUGUCUCAAUCUCAUUCUUCUGGUCACUCUGAUGUUCAGCUUUUUGGACAAGCGGCCUGUAGAUCCAUGGAAGACCUUGAUGAGCCUUUUGCCAGUGUUGCCCCAGUGGCCGUGUCACUGCAGAUCAGACAGCACCGAGCCAUGGAAUUUGUGACUGUCCUAGUUUCAGGGCAAGAUGUGCAGGCACAAUCAAGUGCUGAGUCUUGCUGGAGGAAGUUCAAUGUCUGCGUCAUUGAUGUCCGUGCAACCUGGGCGUUACAGCAACAAGCAUCCAAGGUGUAUGUCACCUUCGUCCCCCGGAAGGACUGCAGCGUUUCUUGGGGACGACAUAAGACGAUCGAAGAGGAUUCCGAUGGCUUUGGGGAGGAGGGUCCUCUCCACACUGAAAAUGCAUCGGCCAAGGACUUGUGUGAAAUUCCGUCCCUAAACGUCACCAGGGAAUGCGGCGGCAGCUUGAAAUCAAGCACUAUCCAGGCCUUCGUGGACAGCUCGAUGAAGCCGCAUCGUCUGCUUGUGAAGUUCGAGGCGGACGUCUCCUGCCGCGAUAGCUUCUUCACGCAUCGACGCGUGUUCUUGGAGUUGCAACUCAGCGACUGGUCAAACGCCCGCUUGUGA